GAAACCACCAGCUACAGAAGCAUAAUCUCUUACAUUGCCAAAAUUACGGGCGGAAUUAAAUACAACUCUCUGUCUCCAGCCUCUCAAAGGAGAGACAGGAGGUUCAUCAUGUCUGCAAAAGAGAGAUUAAAAGGGAAGGUGACCAAAGACAGCGUUACCUUACUGCCAUGUUUCUAUUUCGUUGAGCUUCCCAUCCUGGCCUCCUCUGUGGUCAGUCUGUAUUUUCUGGAGCUGACAGAUGUGUUCAAACCGGUGCGGUCAGGUUACAGCUGCAAUGACCGAAGUCUGAGCAUGCCCUACAUCGAGCCCGCUCAGGAGGCCAUCCCCUUCCUCAUUCUCUUCAGUCUGGCCUUCGCUGGACCUGCAGCCACGAUAAUGAUAGGAGAAGGUAUCCUGUAUUGCUGUCUGUCCAGGAAAAAGAGUGGGGUCAAAACAGAGGCCAAUAUCAACGCAGCCGGCUGCAAUUUCAACUCGUAUAUACGGCGAGCUGUUCGGUUUGUUGGGGUCCAUGUAUUUGGCCUAUGCAUCACGGCUCUCAUCACUGACAUCAUCCAGCUGUCGACGGGUUACCACACCCCCUACUUCCUGACAGUGUGUAAACCCAACUACACCAUACUCAACAUGACCUGUGACGACAGCUCCUUCAUCAUAGAGGACAUCUGUUCUGAUGGAGCAGACCCAGCCGUCAUCAACUCUGGCAGGAAGUCCUUUCCCUCGCAGCAUGCUACUCUGGCUGCCUUCGCUGCUGUCUAUAUCUCUAUGUACUUCAACGCGACGUUGACAGAAUCCUCCAAGCUGCUGAAGCCCCUGUUGGUCUUCUCCUUCAUCAUGGGUGGCAUCAUCUGUGGGCUGACCCGCAUCAUCCAGUUCAAGAACCACGCCAUCGACGUCUACUGUGGCUUCCUCAUCGGAGGAGGGAUCGCCGUCUACCUGGGUCUGUAUGCAGUGGGUAACUUCCAGCCCAGUGAGGACACAUCCAGACAGCAACUCCAGCCUCCCCCACUCCGAGAGCCCCCCAGGAGCAACACUGUGCCCAACGUCAGCCAGAAUGCAGGUCGCCACCUGCAGCCCAACAGCCUCAACAGCAUGAACAGCCUAAAUAGCGUGAGCACCGCGGACGGCCUCACCGCGGCCCACCCCGAGACCAUCCUGACCCGGGUGCCCUCCUGCCGCGAGUCCAGCUCCCUGAAUAAUCUGAAGAGGGCCAGCGCCGAUUUGGAGUGCAUCACCCCGCCGAGUCCCAUGGGUAAACAGGACUGUCUGGUGACCUUUAACAGUAGCACGUUACCCAGGUCACAUGGUGGCUCACUACCCGAGGAGCACCGCGUCCCUCGCCGCCACGCCAGCAUCCACUCCUCCAUGGACUCCACGCGCUCCAAGCAGCUGCUGUCUCAGUGGAAGAGCAAGAACGAGAACAGGAAGCUCUCUCUUCAGGUGAUGGACAGUGGGGUGGUUGUGGGACGCCACCAUUCAACAUCCUCCUCCUCCUCGCCUCAGAGGACCAUGGAGCUGAGGUGCAGCUCUGAGCCAUCCGCCAUGGGCCUGGAGGCAGAGCUCCGUGCUCAGGGACACAUCCCCGCCCAGUACAUGAAGCUGGCAGCCAGCACUGUGCCACUGUCCAACCACCUCCCCCACAACGGGGGCAGCAGCGGCCUGGCAGGGGGGGCCCGCGUGUCCAUCCAGUCCCGGCCAGGCUCCUCCCAGCUCGUCCACAUCCCAGAGGAGACGCAGGAGCACGUCAACAGCGGCACCUCCAGUAGGGAGGACGAGGAUGAUGACGACAGGGAGGAUAACUAUGGCGGCGGUGGGAUUCCUGGUGGGGGAGGCUCGGUUCGCUCCAAGUGGCUGAAGGAGGGCACCCCCUGCAGGACUAACAGUCUAACUAACCAGCCACGCAUCAUGCAGGUCAUCACCAUGUCCAAGCAGCAGGGUCUGCUUCAGCACGGCAGCCCCAAGAGCUCCGAGGACGGCAGCGUGGUCAGCUGCACAGGCUCCAUCCAGUACAAGGCCCUGAUGGACCAGGAGGCCGGCCAGGGGAUCGUGAGGGUGGAGGCCCAUCCAGAGAACAAGCCUGUGAUCAAGCCUCCGGACGGCAGUGGCUCCUGGAGGUGGAAGCCCCAGGAGCAGCGUGGCAGCAUCCGCCAGGCCUUCGAGCUCAACGACCUCAACCGCGACACGGAGAGCUGCGACUCGCUCAAGGACGGCUACGGCUCCUUCGAUGGCAGGAGGAGCCAGACAGGCACCGACACCGGCAGCGAGCAUGGCGGUGGCAGCGGGGGAGGCGGUCACCCACACGUGCACCACCCUCACUACCACCACCACCACCACCCCCACCAAGGCAUCACCACCAUCCGUGUGACCCCUGUGGAGGGACUAGGAGGAGGAAGCGAGGCCGCCUCCGAGACCCUCUCCAUCGCCUCCAGCAGGGAGUCCACCCUGCGGAGAAAAGGCAACAUCAUCCUGCUCCCGGAUAGAGGUCAGAGUCCAGACAACUCCAGGAACUAUUUCAAAGGGACCUCCCCCACACCGCCCCCCACCCUGGGACUGGCCUAUAGAGAGUGAACAGCUGCCCCAGUCAUCCCUUACCCUUACCAUUCCCCCUUACCGCCCAUGUGGUGGCCUAUCUGUCCCCCCAUGAGUGGCCUUCUACACUGGGUCUAGUCUGGAACCCACAAUAGGACCAUUGAACACAUUCAGCUAUGACUGUAUAUUAUCAAACCCAUCAUGGAUUCAGUGGUGUUAACUGGGCUGGCUUACCUUUUCCAGUGCCAUUCUAAAGGUCAUAAUUCAUUAGCUAGCUCAGUGUGUCUAGUACAGGAAGGCCACUACAGUGUUUUUCCAUUCUGCAAAAAUCUGUUUUUUUGUUGUUUUCAGCAGUUUAUUGUUAGACUUGGUUUGAUAGGACCGAAUUAAAUAUAUUGGUGUGUGUUCUUUGAGAAAUGCAGUAAAAAUAUAUAUAUUUUAAACAUUAAAUAAUGAAGUAAGCUUUAUGUGAAAGAUUUUUGAGUGCAGACCCAUUACACCUCUGUGUUUGUCUGAAUUUACAUUUUUUACGCACCAACCAAGCACCAUGGUUCUUUUUUGAUUUGAAAAUGAAACACUAUCACACACAAUGGUCCUUUAAGAAUGCAGGAGAUGCUGGAAUAAUCGCCACAAAGUCAUUUUGCGCACACCUUUCAACCCUUAUUUCAUUACAUAAACUUCCAUUUGACAAGCACAAGUACUAACUCUUUUAAUACAAUGGCUAUAGUGGUUUUAACUUUCAAUUUGAUACUAUUUGUUAUCAACUUGCAAGAGGCUUUGAUGGCAAUGAACCAUGCAGGUUAUGUAUUAAGUUGAUGGACAUGAUGUUUUGUAGGCCUUUUCCAUUGAUGUACUGUGCGCUUUCUCAGCAACAUAUAAAUGUCCUUGUGUAAUGUGACCGUGAUUGGGUGUUGCACUGCAUAGCAAUGCUGGAGGGGCUUUUCAUAAGACGACAUACAGUACCAUGACAAUUGUGAAAAUACAUUUUUAUAUUUUUUGCUAUGUACAUAUUUAUAGUUCCCCCAAUUGAUCUGCAACAAUAUUCAGAUGUCUUCAUUGGCUUAUUACUAAUUAUUGAUAGUCUAUUUUAACAAAUAUGGGUUUAUUCAAUGUUGUUGUUUUUAGAACUUGCGGGAUAUGAAUUCGUUUGGCAGGUGAUUUAUAACAGAGCAAUGUUUUAAGAAAUCACCAAAUAUUAUCCAUGGGUUGCAAAAUUCCGUUAACUUUCCCCAAAUUCCCGGGUUGUACAGAAAUCCUGGUUGAAUUCCCUCACGACUCCAGGGUUCUUCCAACUGGGAUUUCUGUAAAAACCUGGGAAUUUUGGGGAAAUUAACAUCAUUUUACAAUCCUAAUUAUCGCUGUGAACACACCAGUCUUUCCCUGUGCUUUAGCCACACAUUGUAUCCCUCGAACAGUAUAACAUGCUUUUCUUAGCUUACAAGGGCAGCAAAUGAAGUAUGUUAAUAGACUACCAGGGGCAGUGGAUACAGUACCUUAAUCAAAUUAGUUUUGCUUAAAGACUGGAAAUUUAAGAGGGACUUUAUACUUUGCAUCCUGUAUUGCCUUUGACGAAGUAUACUAAUAAGUAUUCGCUGUUUUUUGAUACAGUGACCUUUUUCCUAUUAGCAACCUGUAGGGUAGUUUAAGAAAAUGUUAGUUUUUUUCUGCAAAAUGUUUAACAGCUGUACAAGUUGUUAAUGCUACUUACUGUGCACUCAAAUAUUUUUUAAGUAAAUGUAUCUAUUGAUGAGUGACAUAAAAGGGAAACCACUCUCGGUAGAGGCUGCUCUUCCUGGUACAUUGAUAUGCGCACAAUAAUUGAUUUAAUUGUCCAGUUUGAUUUUCCUGAUUGGACAAUGUGGCAGCAGAGCCUGUGCUGGGAACUUUGGUUAUGCUGUUAGAUUCAAAUCAAUCAUACAUUAGUGUUCCUUGGGCGAUAAUGAACCAUGCACGAUUCAGGACUGAGGAGAGAUUGUAUAACGGCAAUAGCAUCCCUCUCCCUCCCACAAUAGAACAGUAAACAAGUGAGUCAUACUCAGUAUCCAAACUACGUAAGUGCAAAAAUAACAUUACAAACACUACCAUUGGUUAGUGGCACUGUAAUUCUAACAUUACUCUAUGUGUGUUAUAUGCUGCCAUUGAACAAUAUAAUUGUUCAAUGAAAACCUUUCAAUGAUUUUUAUCCAGUUUGUUGUGCAAAGGUAGGGCCAAUCAACAAUACAUGAACGGAAGUGUAGCUUUUACAGUACAUAUAGUAUACUACGCUGCAGAGGAAGCUGGUGGGAGGAGCUAUAGGAGGAUGUGCUCAUUGUAAUGACUGGAAUGGAAUAAAUGGAAUUGUAUCAAACACAUCAAACAUACGGAAGCAUAUGGAAACCAUUUUUUUCAUUCCAGCCAUUACAAUGAGCCCGUCCUCAUAUAGCUCCUCCCACCAGCCUCUGAUACGCUGAUACCUUUAUAAAACUGCCAAGAGCUUACUGUUCAUAUACAUCAGGGGUCUCAAAGACAUUUCACCCGGGUCCACAUUCUGUCUUUAAUGAGGCCUGCGGGCCGUCAGUUUGAGAUCCCUGAUAUACAGUGCUAUGUGCAUAGAACACUAGCUUAACUCAUGACACCUGAGAUAGCUACGAUAGUGUUUACACUCGUUUUUACAGUGGUCAUAAUAUGCCAGUUGCAUUUGGAUUACCAAUAUAAGUCAUGUAUUGAGCUUGUUUGUGUUUGUACCAGAGGUUGGAAAUUAUUUUCCAAUCGUUUCGUUCUGAACAGUACCAACCAUUCUUUUUUUUUGUUCCUUUACACUGUUCCGACCAGCUAAAUAAAGUUCUGAAACGGUUCAAACCCCAAAAAUGGUUAAUAUCGUUCAUUUCUGUUCCUUUUUAAACCUCUGAAAUGAAAGUUAUAAAUAUAUAUAUAUAUUUAAAUGACUUCAUCAAUCAGUGGAUAGAGCAGCUUGCUAUGGAGCUAUAGGUGUUUACA